AUGGGGUGCGCCAGGAGGAGGCGGCACACGGGGAUCCCGGGGUGCACGGGGGGUUCGUCCCGGGAGAGCCGGCGGGAUGCGGCACUGCUGCCGGGGCCACGCCGGGGCACUGGCGGCGAGCCGCGGGAGGCCCUGCGAGGCGGCUCCGCUGUGCCCCGGUGCCACCCCGAGCACUGCCCGGCCGGGAUGCUGCGGGCAAACCCCCCGCGGGGGGCACCGGGGGCUCCAGCCCGCCCCGGGGGUCGUGGGCAGCCGGGGGGCUGCGAGCCCUCCCCGGGGAGCCGUGGCCGGCUGAGGGGGGCCGGGGGGCUGCAGCCGCGGGGAGGGCUCUGCCAGCGGCCCGAGCGGCCGGGGCACCGCCGGGAGCGCUGCCGGCGAUCGGGGCUCUGCGCCCGGCCCCGCUCAGGGCAGCCAGCACGGGGGAUGCGAGCCCGGGGGGCGCUGGAAGGGGAGGAGGGGAGGGAGGGGAGGGGGGUCCGCAGCCGGCCGGGGGUCGCGGCGCCCCUCAGAGCGCGGCGGGCGGGAGGAGGCGGCAGCGGGGCACGGCCCCCCGCACGGCCCCGCCGCCCUCGGGGCUCCGCGAGCGGCCGCCGGCGGCUGCAACUUGCACGGGGGGGCCGCGAGCUUUGGGGCGCUGCGAGCGGCCGCGGGGCGCAGCCCUCACGCAGCCCCGGCGGCCGCGGCCGGCCGGGGAGGGGAGCGGGGCUGCCCCCGAAAGCCCCGCGCCCGGCCGAGGGGGCACGGCGGGAACCGCCGCGGCACGGCCGGCCCCAGGGCAGCCCGCAGGGGCAACCGGACACCGCGGACGGACGGACGGCCGCGCUGCCGCGGCCCCGCUCGGCCGGGGAGGCGGCGGGAACGCGCGGCCGCCGCUCGCCGCCCGCCCGCCCGCCCGGCCCCGCCGCGCCGCCGCCGACACGCCCCGCCCACCGCCCGCAGCGCCACGCCCCCCACGCCGGGCCACGCCCCCUGGGGCCGCCUCGCCCGCUUGGCCACGCCUACGGCCACGCCCCCUCGGCGCUGCCCUUAGCGCCCCCUGCUGGCCGGCGCUGCGCCCCCCGCCCCAAACGGAGCCGCCCCCCCACCGGGACCCCCGGACCCCCGGGACCCCCAGCCAACCCUGCCCCUGCUGCCCUCAGCCAGGAUUGA